CUGAGACUGAAGAAUAUCGACUAAAUAGAUGUGAUUUAGAUGACAUAAAUCUGAGCAAAUUCAGCGAAGGAAAAACUGUUGAAACAAGCGAAUCUUCGAGUAGUUACGACGACGUCCCUUACGAGCCUCUUGUGUCUACUGAUAAUGAAGAAUGCUUCGAAGCUUCUCCAAUACAGCCAAAAUUGAGAAUCAUCCCACAAGUGACGUCAUACUUGAAGUAAAUUGUGAAUCAAAAGAAACUAAAGAAGUGCCUGGUUUACAAGUUGAUGUGGAAAUCUUGGAAACUGUUGAAGAGGCUGAGGAAUUAUCUUGUGAUGAAGAAGUGUCAUGUGAAUGUUUGGCUGUAGCAUUGCCGAAUGCCGCGAACAGAAAUGAUACUAAUGCAAUUUCUAUGAUUGCUGCUGUUAAAAUUGAUGGAGAUGUGGUCAGUGUUAUAAAGCUGAAUUGGCGGGAAAUCUCUUUGGCGUUGUCCGGUUUUCCAGAAGGUCUUAGUUUUCUGUCUUAUUUUCGAAAGUCGUUACUAAACCCUGCAGGUUUCGUUGAUGUUUUCAAUAACAACCCUUUGGAAUUUCAUUGUUUUCACGAUAAUGUCGCUAAAUACGCUCAAAUUUAUGCUGAAAGGCUUAAACUGAGAGCGGAUUUUCAAUCGGCUGUGAUUCAUGAAAGUUGGUGCGCAGCAAAGGAAAACAGCAAACUGCGUGAAGAGAUUGUGUUUAGUAGCAGCAAAUCUACAAAAGACUGCAAACGUGGGGAGGGAUUGAUAAAAUUACCUGGUUGUUUUGGAAAUUGCUAUCCAGAGAAAGCCGAUUUUGUCGUGAAGCAAGUUGUUAGUAACAGCGCUUGUAAACCGCAAAUAAUAGUGGACGGCGUGGAGAUUGUAAACAAUGGCAACAAAAACAAAAAUCUAAAUGAAACUACACUGCCUGCCAUCAGUACUGAAAGUCUAAAGGAAUUUCACAGUCAACAUUACAACAAAACAAAGCCAAAAUAUGCAUGGGAAUCAACACGAGGCUUUGAUGACUUUGUGUUUCUAACAUCGUUGGCAGCUGUUGAUGCGGAGGAUUUUAGUGGAUCUUCAACAAGUUUCGAAAGCACUGAAGAAUGUCUGGAGGGGGAAAAAGGGCAGCUUGACAGCACAAGUAGCUCACUUUCAAACCUGAGGAGUUCUGCGUCGUUGACAGAUGAGGAGCAACGUUGGAAGAAAUUAAAAAGAAAUUCAGAAGAAGACCUGCAGUCUGAUGCGACCCCUAAACGCAGCCGUUCAUUUGAAAAAUGCCUGCUACCAGUAAGUAAACUUUGUUUUGAUGUGCCUUUUGAACGCAAGUAUGAAUAUUUCGAAAACGAGUUUUUUCAAAGAUUGCUGAAUUCGCAGGGAUUAAGCCAAGCUGAUCUUAAAGAAAAGUCUGAACUUCUCAAAAAUAACAUCGAUUCUGAAUUGACUAUUCCUGGAAAUUUACAAACAAAUUUUGAAAGAAAUCAAACUGACUCGGUUGAUUUACGCGACAAUUAUUUUGAAACUUUGUCAAAAGUACCUGGAGAUUUUAAUGGUGAGGGGAUAAAAACAGACAUGGGUCAGGGACAGAGUGUUGGACUGAAAAAAGGCACCCUUGCCAUGCCUGUUUCGAAUUAUUUACUAAAGGGAAUAUCAGUUCAAAAUCAUGGCGAAUAUACUGUUAUCAAUUAUAAGAACACAAGAUUCUCGCCAAUAAUUACUGUCGAUCGUAAAAUUGAAAUUACCCUCAAUGUACCGAAAUCUAAGAAUAAUUCGCCUAGUGCCAAGGAAGGAAAUAUUGUUUUUCGUGGCCCUGAGCAGAGUAAUGAUACCAAAAAAAUAUAUCACGAAAAAUUAUCUGAUGUUGUUGAUGGAAAACUUUUAGAUGAAUUUGUAAACAAAAAAGGUGGGAAUAUUGAGACUGAUUCGAAAGUCCCGAAACUCUCUACUCUAAUUAAAGAUCAGUUCGAAUUUUACGUGAAGUCGAAUUGUAUCGAGAGUGCUGCUGAUCAUGUUUUGGCGGAGUCAGUUGACUUUGUCCCAGCCAAUGAUAGAGAUUUUCAUGAAACUACAAAGGAUGUUGCUGGCAUUAAUGGUGGUGUUUAUCCUAAGCCUGUUUCUAACGACGAUUUGAAAGUAGAAACAUGUGUGAAUGAUGUGGUGUUAGAGCCAGUUGCUGUGCAAAUCAUAGAUGCAGAACAGGAAUCAUGUCCAAACGCAGUAACUUGGAACGAAAAAGAGUAUGGCACAAAUUCCGAAGUAAAUCCUGGAAAAAUUGACACUACUGUGGAGGAGCAAAACAAGCCUGUUGGAAAUAUUGAUUGGGAGGUAUCUGAAGAAUCUAGACACGGAUUUAAUGAAGCGGACUGUAAUAGUUUAAUCCAAUCUGUGAAAAGCAACAACCUUAUUACUGGUGUGAAUACGAAUAUCUGUUUUGAUUGCGAUAAAAACGAAGGAGUGAAUCGCGAAGAUCAAAAUAUUCAUUCAGAUGGCGAGCAAUCGACAUCAUUGGGAAAUCAAAGUGAUUCUUCUCCAGAAAUCUGUAUCAAUGUUUAUGACACAGGGGACGAAGUAUUCGAAAACAAUGAGAUUUUGAUUGAAGAUGUGGACACGAAGCUCUUAUUAGCGGAAACAAAACCGGAGGAAUCUGUGGCCGUGAAACUUCGCUCAAGAUCUUUGAGUUGCCUACCUGAAGGGCAUUCAGAACCAAUGGCAUGGUUUUACAGAAAUCGCCCUUCUUCGGUUUGUUUAGAAGAAGGUCCCUCGACGUAUAGUGACUAUGGCACACUUAGGAGAGCAAAGAGUGCAGAGAUAUCUCGAAAGAAGCCGAAGAUUGUUAUUGCAACCAAUUUGGAGAGAAAAUCGAUUAAAGAGACAAACCUUGAUGAGUUGAUGAAAUCGCUUGAAUUUUUAGGACCACGUUCAAUUUCUGAUAACAACAAUGACACUUCUGAUAUAAAUGAAAAGAGUUCACGGGCCGAUAUUGUGCGGAAAGAGACUGUCGAAAACCACGUGGGCAAGAAGGGAGCUUGGGCCACUAAUGGGAAUGUUUCAGAUAUUCGUAAAGCGAAAAGUACCACAAUUUUGGCAUCAAGGAGCAAUUAUGAUGACAAAAGUGGAUCUGUUGCGACGUUGAUAGGAAAAUUUGAAAGUAGACCAAAGGAAUCGAGGAAAUUGGUUAUAGAAACAAAGACAAUUCAUAAACAAAGUUUACGUGUACGGAAUGCUAAGUCUAUGGAUAUAGCUGAGAAUCUAAGGAAUUUGCAAAACCGAAAUAAAGCUGUUGGAUUGAUAGAUGAUAAUAACAAUAAACGGAGAAUAGAGGACCGUGAAACAAUUGUUCGACCAAGCAAAUCUAUUGUGAGGCCUACAUCACUUGCUGUCGAUGAGAUAGAGACGCGAUCAAGUACGACAAAUGCUGUGGAGAAUGCAACAAAGGAUUUGGUUUUAAGACAAAAUGAAAAGACAAAGCGGGAUUUAAAUAUUUCGAACAAUGUUGAGGUUGGCAAAACAAUAGAAUUAGGUAUUAUCAAUACAACCGAAGAUUCAGAGAGGAAUAAUCCGGUGAUAUCUGAUGUGUGGAAAGAUUCAGCGAUUGAUAGUCAACUUAAACAAAAUGCCAUUCCUGGCGAUGUGGGAAAAAAUAAUGGAAAAUUUGAACAUGCACUUGAUUUUUACAGAAAUGGUGGUAUAGAAGAUGCACAAAAAAACAUCCCUCAACAGGCUGAACGUGUUAUCGAGGCUGUUUGUGAGCCGGAGUUAUCAAUUUCUCAAGAACAAGAAGUCAAAAGGACGAGUAUCUAUGGCCUAACUGUGGUUUUGAGCGAAAGCCAUGACCAGGCAGAAUUAGAAGCGGAGAGUAAGAAUGAAAUCAAUAAAGCUAGAGAAAAGUCAGAGGAACAUUUUUGGUAUGAACAAUGUAACGGAAACGAGGCACAGGGAAAAAGUUCAACAAAAGUAAGUGACAUUGAUUUGUUAUUGAAAACCCCCCUAAACGGAUCUUGUGAAAGCCUGGAUAGUCUCUUCCAUGACGGGGGUAAUGCCUGUGCGUCUUGUGGAAAGGAGUUACAGGAGAAGUCGCCAGUAGGAGAAUGCUGCAAUUGUGCUGAUAAGUUACAAAGGCAGAAAAGUCAAGACCAAGCAGAAAGUAAGCAGUCACGCUCAAGGAAUUCUUUUAGAAAAGAUAGAAGGUUACGUAAAUGGCUAGAGGAAAGACAAAAUUCUUUGCAGUCUGAGGACAGACUUUCAAUAGAUGACAUGGAUGCAGAGGAUCAGUCGAGACUCCUACAAAAGAUUGCAAGAUCGAAGGGUAUAGCUAUGGAAAACAACGAGGAAAAUGAUAUCCGGAAGAAAAGGUAUUCUUCACUACAAAGCAGGCAUGUUGAUUUCCUUACACAGCUACGAUACUUGAUAAAUUUUGAAGAUGAUGAUUAUGAUGAUUAUGUAAAGGAUUUAGUUGUUACUGAGAAGGAGCAGGAUGCCAUUGUAAUUCUAAAAGAAUACGAGAUGAGCAGGCAGUUGAAAAAGGGGAAAUCCCCUUUCACAUCAGACGAUGAAGGCAAUGAUAGUGAUGCUUUUACUGAUAUAACUGACACUUCGCUUUCUGACUACACACGAAGUCGAUAUUCUCUAAACAGUCUUUCUCUUAGUCGUUGCUCUUUGCAUAAAUCGAAAAGUAUUGAUGUUGAGGAGGAGCACCAACAAGAUUUGUACCAUAAUGCAGUACAAGAAGAAGCUGAGAGACAUUUGGAGAGAAUAGAGUCAAGGAAUAAAACCGAUAUUAUUUCAAGAAGACAGGAAGAUUACGAGUCUUUGUUGAAAGCUAUCAACAGCAAAGAUACCACGAAAAUCUUGAGUCCAGAAGAAGUCGCAAUUCCACGUGUCCAUCAACGCGUUGUGGAGGCGGAACAUAAAAUGGAGGAGAAUUUUAAUGUCAGUUCAGAAGAGAAAGUUGUCAACAGUGUAGAGGAGCAGAUUGCGUCUGAGUUUUUUUCGCCAGAGGACGUUAACGGCUUGAUAAGCAUGGCAAAUUCUGCUGUGAGAAACAGAAGAAAUAGAGCGCAAAGAAACAGUGUUCCUAAAUCAGUAUUGAAAGCUGAGCCACUUGAAGAAAAAUCACGAGCACAAUCACUUGGGUCUAUGGACAACAACAGUAGAGUUGAAGUUUUUCUUCAAAACAGCGAACAGUCGUUAGAGAUAAAGCAAAAUGGCUGGGAAACACAUGGCACAGAAAAUAGGUUAUGGCCUAAAGCACUGAAUGUUUAUGAAGAUUCUCCAUGGUCUUUGAGUAUGGAAAGGCUGAAAGAUGCAUCCUAUGGAAAUCUACGUGCAAAACUCAAUGUGGCCACACCCACAACUAGUACUCCACAGCACAACCAGGCUAGAGAAACAGUGAUAAAGCCAAGUAAAGAUGUGACAGAUUUUAGGUCAAUGCCGUCACCAAUAAUACGUGAGUUAAAGAUAUCACCACAACAAAAACGCAGAGCUGCUAGCCUCCGAGACUUAACACCCAAAAACAAAAACAAUGCUCCUUCGGUGCAGAAGUUUCAGUCAGUACCCACGUCACCACCAAGAUACGUCAGGGAGUCUCCGUUUCGUAAGAGUACUGGGAGCUAUGAUCAGAGGAAAAAGGCCCACAGAUCGCUGCCGGACUUGAUAGAUAAGCCAACAGACGGACCAAGUUCACCAGUCAGGUUAUCAAAGUUCCCAUCAGGUGGUUCAUCGACAAUUUCUUUAUCAAAACAUUCACCUCGUACACCUCGCUCUCCAGUCUCUUUUAGAUCGCCUCGGAGUGGAUCGCGCCAGUCGUCACGCUCUUCCUUUCGAUCUCCAGUUCUCUCACCACUUCGUUCUCCUCGACUUUCUGAAAUCGAUGAUGAUGUUGCUGAUUGUGAAACUGUUUACAGUGAUUUUACUGCUUGUUUUUCGGACUCAUCUAUGGACGUUGGAAUGGCUUUAGAUGGAUAUGAACUGGAAGACGAAGACUUCUUCUUGCCUAAUUCAUCAAGACCUGGCAACUUUUCUCCAAGUUUCGACGACUUUCUGCUUCAUGAAAACGACGAUGCUUCGUCAGGCGAGUAUUUCGUUCCUUUACAUUCUGAAUCUAAAAGGCCUCAAGGCCGAUUGAUAGCUUGUGCUUUUGGACCGUGCAAAAACACUGAUUAUGCGGAAUGGGCACAGCGUUCACAAUUUACGUCUUGUGUUUCGUGUUUCACUUAUUAUUGCAGCAAAGAGUGUCGAAAGGCCGAUUGGAAGGAGCAUAAACUAACGUGUUAUUACGGGAGAAUAAAUUACUACACCAAGGCGUUGGUUCGCCGUUUCGAAACAAAUAGCGAAAUAAACAACAGACUAUCAUUAGUAGCAGUUGGAGGUUUUCAAGAAUACGGUCGUGGGUGUGUUCACAUAACGUUUACAUCACCUAUGGCUGCCAAAUUCUUCCUUGUUUCUGGGACAAAUGCCUUUGUUAAGGACCCAGUUUACGCUCCUUUAAGCGAUGUUACGAGAGAGGGAAUUAUUACAAAGCACCAAGUGUUAUUACAACAGACAUUAGUUGAUUAUGAUCCUGAGCAUGAAUUUGUUGUUAAUUUGACAGUUUUUGUUGGCAAGCAAAACCAGGCCGUUGUGUCCCCCCGAUCUCGCUUUAAGACCAGUGCCUUACUGAGAUGUUCAAAAAUACCAUUAGGUGGUUCAUAUAGUGCUGGUGUGAUUGAGCCAUCUCCUGAUGCUAGUUAUGAAAUCAAAGUCUUCUACUUACCAAGAAGCCGAAAUCACCACUUUGUUAAUGAAACAGAGGCAAGGCGCUAUUACUGUCGUGAAGUUUCAUAUGGCCUAAGAAAGUAUGGAAUUCAUUUGAAGCACGAAUUUACUGAUGUGUACGAUAAGCUUUGUUUGUAUGUGGAACAUGAUGUCGAGUUUGUGCCAAUUACGCUGUAUGGACAAGCAAGUGGCAAGAAUUACAAAUGCGUGAUAUUUCCAGAAGGUUUUUCAAAUAGUGGUGCAGAGUCAAUGGAACUGCAAGGCAGAGGGAUGCUGGUUUGAAUCAACGGUAUCUGUGUAGCAGCGAAAUUCCCAGGCAACGCAGAGACACAAGUUCCCGGAGGUGGUCAUCAAGAAAAUAAUCGAGCACGCAGACUAGGCCCCUGAGCAAUCAAAUGAAUCGUCGUGAAGCUGCAAGGAGAUUCCGGGUGAGACAGGGAUUUUGGACUUUUAUUCGUGGUGUAAACAUUAGCAAAUCUUUAUUUGCAUCCUGUGUUUCACAAAGAUUUUAGUAAAGCCACUUUGUGACAACAACAACAGUUAAGAUGCUUGAUUUUCGUUGCUAGUUCCUUCAUAUGCGUCUCCGUGAAAAAUCAUUAUUAUAGACUGAGAUUUUGAAAGAAGUAAAAAAUUGCCACCGAAUAUUAAAUAAAAACCCAGAGAGAAUCUAGUAACUUUAUUAAAGUGCUCCUUCUAAGAUGUGAUAGUCUUGAUAGUUUGAAAUGACCAGUUGUAGACAUGUGACAGCAGACUAAAUACUCAGCUCUUCACCAAAAGGUUAUGGUGAGAGCUUAAAAAAGGUUCUAUGUCGCAAUUCUAGUAAUUUAAUUGAACAAUUUUCAUAUUUAUAGUCACAAUUUUGUCCUUGCGUAUUCAUCUUGAUCAUAAAGGCUUAAAAUCGUUUAAGGUUAAAACUUUACUAAUUCAGAUACGCCUUUGUUGACAAAAUAACCCAUGUUGAUAAUGCUGCCAGAUCAAAAGUUUCUCUUAUUAAGAAUAAUCUACUUAUAGCCAAUUAACUGACGCAUGGUCACCUAACUAGGGGUAUAUCUACUGUAUUGGAAGAUUUAAACGACCUUGCAUUUAUGUUUUGUACUUAUGCAUUCAUGUGUUAGCCUUCGUGCACAUGCAUAGAUGUGUAUUUUGCUAUGCAACGUCACUCCGUGGACUGAAGAGGCUUUUGAACAACGUGUUUACACCCCUCUUCUUUUUUUAAUAGAAAAAAGGAUCCCUUAAGCUGCAGUACAAGGGUAUUGCCUUAACAUACUUUCAAAGAACAGUGCCCAAUUCAUAGCUUUAUUGCAGAAUAACAGAAUAUACGACUUAGCUCAUAGGGUGCUUAGUUACGAAAGUGGCAUUUCAGCAGUGCUGGUGCCAUGACCCUUUAGUAUGGUAAUCUCUUUUCGAUUAAAAUCAUGUUGAGCGGAUACCAAUUUGCCUUAUUGCUUGUUUAAAGUGGUUUAUGGAGACUGGACUACAAAAUAGGCUCUUCAGGCUUUACAUCACGAACAGGGUCAAGUAAUAUAAGCAUCAAAGUUGCAUCUCAAUCCUUCAGACCGGGCGGAGCUUGGUGCAGUGUGAUGAAAGGCUGGAAGACGGAGACAUGGUUAAAGAGAGUUUUAGCGAAUUACCGACCAUCUAAAACUUUUCCCGAGAAACUUAUGAGAAAUAAGGAGAAAGGGUUGACAACUCCCAUACACCCACACACCCUGUCAGGUACGCCUUUGAGCAGCCAAAGUCCAACCAAAGUUGGCCAUUUUUCACUACCUAGAGAGCCAGACCCUGAGCCACAAAAAUCCAUUUUGCCAAAGUCUUAGUAUCUUUCCCCAAAGUUUAAUCAUUCAAUACUAAUACAUAAUUUUGCUUCUUAUAUAGAUAUUGCAGCCUGUUGAUAGGCUAUGACAUUUUUGGCCAUUGCUGAGUAACUUUCAGGCCUUCGAUAGCACUUUGGCCUAGUUUUGCAGGAAACUGUUCCAUGAAUUUUCAUUAUUACGUUUCAGCGAUAUCAUAAAUAUCAAAUAUUGCUAAGCAUCAAGGUAUAUUAUGAAUUUUUUGUACACAUUUUAAGUUUUUACAUAGAAUUUUCAAUGUCGUUGGUUAGUUGCUUUGAAAGACGUUUCUUAAUAUCUAGAAUAA